GUCCUCAGUCACAGUCUCUCUCUCUCUCUCUCCGCUCGCUCCGGUUGAUCGAAAGAAACGAAUAUACUGUAUAUUGUGGCGUGGAGUUCACGCGCUCCGCGAAGGCCUUAUCCGGAGCUAGAUGGGACUCAAAAUUGAUAGAAUCAGCUUUCAUUUGUUGUGUUGAUGAUGGGGAGUAUAUGCUCCAGAAAGAGAGACCAGCCGGUGGUUGAAGAACAAGUUGGCAGAGCUGUAGUGUCUGGGAGAUAUUGCAGAACUAGCAGCUCCAAAUGGCUUGGAGCUUCGUCUUUUCGCCGCCACGCUGUAGAACAGCUUCCAGGAGCGGCGGGCAAAGGCAUUUGCCCGCCGCUCCUGGAAUUAUGCAUUUCCAAAAUGUGCAGGGACAUUGAGAAACAUAAUUCGCUGUCGACGCUGCCGAGGGAUGUGAGCCAGCAGAUAUUUCACGAAUUGGUGUGUUCGCAGUCUCUCAGUGAGGGGUCUCUCAAGGCGUUUAGAGAUUGCGCACUCGAGGAUGUUGGUUUGGGGGAUUACCCUUGUGUGGAAGAUAGUUGGAUGGAUGUCAUCUGUUCACAAGGCGCGUCUCUGUUAUCUGUUGAUCUUUCUGGCUCCGAGGUGACGGACGCUGGAUUGGAUCUUCUAAAAGACUGCUUGAACCUGCAGUCAUUAAUUUAUGAUUACUGUGACCGUGUUUCAGAACAUGGACUUAAGCACAUCAGCGGUCUUUCAAAUUUGAAGUGCUUGAGUUUUAAAAGGAGCAGUGCAAUUACUGCUGAAGGGAUGUGUACUUUCUCCAGCCUUUUUAACUUAGAAAAGUUGGACUUGGAGAGGUGUCCAGAGAUUCAUGGUGGCUUUGUUCAUCUACAAGGAUUGACAAAGUUAAAGUCCCUUAAUGUUAGAUGUUGUAAUUGCAUCACGGACUCCGACUUAAAGGCCAUCUCAGGGCUGACAAACCUGAAUGAAUUGCAGUUGUCCAACUGUAACAUUACUGAUUCAGGAAUCUCUUAUUUGAAAGGCUUGCACAAGCUUAAUAUCUUGAACUUAGAGGGAUGCAAUGUUACUUCUGCAUGUUUGGAAUCUAUUUCAGCACUUGUUGCACUGGCUUACUUGAAUCUCAACAGAUGCAAAUUAUCAGAUGAGGGAUGUGAUAAAUUUUCUGGCCUUACGAACUUGAAGUUUUUGAGCUUGGGAUUCAACAAUAUUACAGAUGCAAGUUUAGUGCAUCUAAAAGGUUUGACAAAUUUGGAGAGCUUGAACCUGGAUUCUUGUAAGAUAGGUGACGAGGGGCUAUCGUACUUGUCAGGGUUUGAACUCUUAAAGAAUUUGGAGUUGUCUGAUACUGAAGUUGGACGCAAUGGGAUCAGUCAUCUCUCAGGGUUAAAGAAUCUGGAAAAAUUAAACUUGUCAUUCACCCUGGUAACUGACAGUAGUCUGAAAAAGUUAAAUGGACUGACAUCUCUCAAAUCACUUAAUUUGGAUGCUCGUCAAAUUACUGAUGAUGGACUUGCAGCUAUUACAGGUCUUACAAAUUUGACGCAUCUGGAUCUCUUUGGUGCUCAGAUUUCAGACUCUGGAGCAAACGUUCUAAAACACUUCAAGAACCUUCAAUCUCUUGAAAUAUGUGGUGGAUUAUUGACUGAUACUGGUGUGAAGAAUCUCAAAGAUCUCGACUGUCUUACAUGGCUGAAUUUGUCGCAAAACUGCAAGUUAACAGAUAAAUCCUUGGAAGUGAUUUCUGGAUUGACUGCACUGGUGUCAUUAAACAUUUCAAAUUCAUGCAUCACGGAUGAAGGAUUGCAGUAUUUAAAGCCUUUGAAGAAUCUACAAUCCUUAACCUUGGAGUCUAGUAUGGUGACUGCAUCUGAAAUUAGGAAGCUACAGACUACUUCCCUCCUUAAUCUGAUAAGCUUUCGACCCUAAUAGAUUGAAAGCUCGGAGCUUUGGGAGAAAGGGAUGCCAUUUUGUUCAAGUUUCUUGAACAGGCUAAAUAAUUACAUAUAUGUGAAUGGACCAUUGGACUUUGAUUACUGAACAUAUGCCCAGAUUUGAUAUCGGGAUUAGAUUUUCAAUUUUACACAAUUGCAUAUAUUCAUAAAAUCUACUCUGUUGCAAGCACAGUGGUGUUUGAAAGUUGUGUAGUGCAUUCUUUUUACAUAA